AUACGUAAAGCCUUCAAUCACCCCCUACUAUUAUCAAUACUUUAUACCCCACUUUAUCACGAUGAAUUACGCCCCACCCCCUCCACAUUCCUUUCUGUCCUCUUUGAAACGCCGAAGCCUGGUGCUAAGGUCUUCGGUGAGCAUACGGAACUUGCGGAAGAUGUUCACGUCCAAGGCAUCGCUCCAAGAAUCCCCUUUUAUCUCCACCGGGCCCCAAAAGACCCUUGUGUACAACGAGGACCUCUCAUCCAGACCCAAGAAUACUACAACUCCUGAAAGGUCUACAGACACCCAGCAUGAUACUCUGUUUGCCGAAGCAAAAACCAGUAUGGAUAGCCCCGCUUCUGUGGAUGCCCCUACACACUACUCCAUGGACGCCUCCAUAGAUACCACGUUCACGGAUUAUACCCCGAUUGAAGAAGACGACGACAACGAUGACGAUAACGAUGUUUUUUCGUACGUUUCCGAGUAUUCUUCCACAGGAAAGAUGUUUUACAAUAGGAGCGACUACGAUCUUGACCCCAGACAGGAAAUUAGCCUCCAGCUAUAUCCUAGGAAAAUGAUCAACCUCUUUGACAUCCGCAAAGAAACUGGAAGCCCCACGUUUGUUCCAUUCAACAACGUCAUCGUCCCCCCUCCAUCCAGAGUUACCUCGCCUCUUACAUCCACGUUGAUUGACGAUGAAGGCUUCAACUACAACUACGUCCCUUCGGCACCGCCUCCGCCGCCGGUUGCCUCGUAUGCCUCCUCUCCCCGUAGAAUCACAAAUCCCCGCGGAAUAGCCUCUCCGGCACCAAAAAGCCAUAACUCCUUCAUGUUGCCACCCAUUCCCGGCCAGGACCUCAUGGGCCCACCCCAAACUCCACCCAGACGCACGUUCAGUGCCGAACGGGUCAGAAAGUUCCUUCCAUCGUCCCCUGCCACCAGCGCCAUUUUUAGAACGAGAAACACAUUGUCUCGGAGCAACUCGUACAUUCCGGCCCUGCCUAUCAAGGUGGCUGCACAGAAGCCCUACCUGAGGCCUAGUACCCCUCGAAACUGCCCUCAGCAGACUUCGACUACCUACCUGUCUGGUCUAUAUUCUCCGUACAUCUUUGGAGGAACUAGUUCGUCGGAUGGCUCCCCUACAAGACUGUUCAGCACCCCCAUUAGAACGGUAGCCGCUCCACCGACGGUCGCGCAGACUCAACCCCCUGCCCCGCAAAAACCCAAAACCCACCUGAAGUCAAAGUCUGCCUUUGGCGGUGAAUUAAUGGUCUUUGAAUUCUUUUCUACGGAGGACAAGGAGACACUUGUCUGGUCGUGGAAUAAAAACAUCCAUACCUCUCAGGAAGACUAUGCCAUGAAAAUGCUGAUUUUUGGUAUCAAAGAUGAGUCUGAUGAGGCCCUCGACGACUCCUUUCUCGAAACAAGUUUCGAUCUCCAGUUUACCAAAUUCAAGUCUCUCAAACAGUGCUUUGCAGCAACCGAGUUUUGGGAACACGUCUAUUUUGAAAAGAUCAUGAAAAAGUUCAACAGAGCCGACAUGAUCACUGCUCUCCCUCCGGUUGCCUUCCAAACCCAGACGCCAGUUCCAUCCUGGAAGCGAGACCAAAACCUCAGCGUUAUCGAAAUGCACGAGUUUAAGGGUAUCACAGCUGUGUUUACUAAAUUUAUGGAAAGUUUGGAGAACCUCGAUGGCUUUGUGGAAGCCAUGGGUCAAAUCGGAAGACUUCAUGGUCGUGUGUUCGGGGCGGACGAAGAGAAAUUCGACAUCUUGGGAGCCCUGAUUAUCGACUCGUUGAAGGAUCUCUUUGGCGAGACCAAGUUUACCCCUGAGUUGCAACAAUUAUGGGCUCGGGUAUACAACUACAUCCGUGGCCUCAUGUUGCAAAGUGUGGGACUCGAAACUUUCUCCAUGUAACUGAUUUCUUAUAUUCCUCGUCUGCUAUAUGUUUAUGUUUAAUGUAUUUUUUUUUCGGUCUGUUUCUGGUUUUUAUUGCGUAUGACUUUUUAUUCUGCCUUUUUCUCCAUAUUUAGUUUUCUACUUUAACUGUGUUUCUCUCAUAUGCGAG